UGUGGGUUUCUCUGCAUUGCUGACCACAUCACUGGGAUUUCAUGAUUUCCAAGAACAGAUUCCCAACGGCAACAACGUGCCGCAUCCUUGUAAGGCCAACUAUCGCUGGCCUGGUGUUGGACAUGAAAACCCCUUAGGUGGGGGCGACAGAAAUACUUUUGGAUUAGAUUUUCAGAAAGCAGGAUAUAAGUGGACGCCAGCCCUGUGUAAAUCUGAUUCCGAUGGCGAUGGCAAAACCAACGGCGAAGAACUGGGAGAUCCUAACUGUGCAUGGAAAUUUGGGACCCUUCCUCCAAGAACCGUCAAUAUUUCCCAUCCAGGUGUGUGUGACCCUUACGACAGUCAACUCUGCAAGGGCAAGAACACAUUCCUCUCUUGUGAGAUGGAGCGAUUCGAGGCUUGCUCUGUUUUGAAUAAUUCAGAUGUACACACACUUGAGCUUCGGUUCAACCAAACCAAGGUCCCACCAUCAGAAACGAAUUACUAUUGCAUGACCUUCGACCUCCCCAGUGACCAGGACUACCACAUCAUCGCCAACGAACCUAUUAUUGACAAAGUGAACAUCUUACAUCACAUGGUGAUGUAUGGAUGUGAGAACGCCGAGGAUGCGUACAUGCCUGUCCCACAAGCGUGUGGAAUGAGUGCUCAAGGUAAAUGUGGAUCCAUGAUCUGCGGCUGGACGGUUGGAAGUUCCGGUGAUUGUUUCGGAGACAAAGUGGGUUUCCGUUUUGGGAAAACCUCUUACAAGAGAGUUCGUUUGGAGAUCCACUACAACAAUCCGUUUCUGGUAGAUAACUACAUAGAUUCCAGUGGACUGCGUCUCUACUAUCGACCUGCAAAGACUGGGGUUCAAGACCUGGCCAUUUUUAUUACAGGCCAGUUAUAUCUGGAGAUACCACCCGGACAAAGUACAGUUGAGCACGUUGGACUGUGUCCUUCCGAGUGUACCAGGGAUGUGAUUGCUCAGCCGGUCAAGGUCAUCAGUGCUACGAAUCACAUGCACUAUAUGGGUAAAACCAUGAAAAUAGAGGUUUUCCGAAGUGGAACAAACAUUAAAGAGUUAACCAACGAUCAACACUACAGCUACGACUCUCCAGUCGACCAUACGCAUGAGCCACCAUUCGAUUUGCUUCCUGGAGACGAAAUUAGGACCACGUGCGUCUACAAUUCCCUCUCAACCGACCGGUAUGUCUAUUACGGCGAGGGAACGUCAGAUGAGAUGUGUUAUGGCUUCCUAACAUACUACCCUAAGGAUGCAGUGAAACGUACCAUGUGCGUUUCACAUGGGUCAAUGUCUAUGUGUGACAUAUAUUCUGGCACUCCUGUUGAAGGUUGCGACUGGGUGGCGUUCACUAAUUUUACAGCCAAUGCUAAAAUUGUUAAUGAUGUCACAAAGAACUGUAACUUGAAUGGUUUCUGCAG